CAACUAAACUAGCCGUCAGUUGAUCGGCGUGUGUGUGGCAGCGGAGCGCGCAGCAGCGGAUGUUCUCCCGCGCGCUGCGCCUCACGUAGAUUAUACGUUUUGCAUCAUCUUCUGCUCCCAACCAUCCAGCCGUGCUCCAGUGUUCGCAGCCGCUGCCCACAAGUCGGUCCGGUCCGACUUCGCUUUUUGUGUGCGUGCCACUGACCGCUGCUUCGGACUUUGAAACUCCUCCGGGGAAAAGACAAGACGACGACCCAUCAUCGACACGUGGAUUCCACGGUCCCACUUUCUUGGAUAUUUUAGGUAAAAUAUGUUCUGAUUGCGAGCCGAGAGGAUGGAGGGCAGACUGAACGUUGUGCUGGCCGCUGCCUUGGUUUUAUCUCUUCUUCUAGUCAGCCCCGCUGCAGGCAUGGAGUGCGUGCAGUGCAAUUCCGUGAGUUCUUUGGAAUGCGUGUCGUCGCCGCCUGCACCGAAAGCGUGCCCUUCAGAGAUGAAAUACUGCAUCACUGUUAAGGAGACUCGCGUUGAAGACGACUACUUGACGCUGCUGACUCGGGCCUGCGUUCCCGUCGACCUGGGCCUCAAGUGCAUGGACCACCAGUCGAGUCCGAACGGCGAGUCGAUCAAUGUGUGCCGCGAGGUGUGCCAGUCCAGUGGCUGCAACAACGAACCCUACAAGGGUGACGAGGAUCACGAAAGUGGGGCGGCUCAGCUUUCGACGCCGCUUUCAUGCCUGCUCAUCACUUGGGUGCUGAUGCUGAUGCGCUGGGCCGCCGCCUGAAUGGGCCUCGUAAACACGAGAGUGAACUAUGUACUUUUGUGAAAGAGAGGCAGUCAAAGAAAUGCGCAGGGAGUGACGGUGAGAUGUUGAAUGUGGAGCAGGCCAAAGUCGAUUGUGGUUCAAAAUAAUUUCAAAUUUUAUUUUACUCUCCAAGGACAGUUGAACAUAUAUAUAUAUAGGUAGCACGCGUGUGUCCACUCUCUGCAUUUCGGCAAUAUCAAUCAAUUUGUGAAUUAAGACAAGAAUAUUGAGAAAAGGCACAGGAAAAGAGACGUGUCGUGUCUGGCGUCCCUUUCUCGACUAUCAAACACAUUUACUGUAAUUUAUUCUGGUAUACUCAUCGAGUAAUAAAUUAUGUAAAAUGACGCGUAA